ACUAUUGCCCGGCAGUAACCUCGUCGCAUCGCCCUACUACCUGCCUCGUCUACCAUCGAGGGCAGCUCCAGAUACAGUCCUGUAGAUCGGAUCUUCUCGCCGGCCUGGUAACGCAUUAAUGGUCCUGUCAUUUCAUUAGAGCGUGUCCAGACUGUCGCUGCCACGAGUCUACGAGAAGCCGCCAGAGCUGUGAGCCUGGCUGGUUCAGCAAGAGCGGGCGGACCUGUCAGUCCGGCAAGGCCAGUAGGUAUUCAGUGCUCACUUGCACCCUGACACCGAAGACGUCGCCUCCGCCAGCAUUGCCUGCUCGUUGCUACGCAACCUGUAUCAGGCACUCAGAGCCUGCCAGAUCAGUGGUGUAGUGAUGGCAGAUCAGGUCCCCUCCGUAAAGGAGCCCCUCGACAGCCAAGCCAUCCUCCCACACUUCACCAUUGGCUCUGUUUCUGAGGAUAAUUCUGAAGAUGAAAUAUCAGGACUGGCAAAGGGGGAACUGCCAGAGGACAAGGAUCGCUCUCUCUCCCCGUCAUCUGUCAGCUCUGAUAGCCUCCCAGACUUGGGGUUUGUCUCACUGGAUGGAUUAUCACACCAUAUCAGGCCAAGCAUGUCAGGAUUGCACCUUGUAAAACAAGGAAGGGAACGGAAGAAGAUUGAUUUACAGAGGGACUUCACUGUUGCCUCUCCUGCUGAGUUUGUCACCCGUUUUGGAGGUACUAAAGUCAUUGAGAAGGUUCUAAUUGCCAACAAUGGGAUCGCUGCAGUCAAGUGCAUGCGGUCUAUACGCAGGUGGUCUUAUGAGAUGUUUAGAAAUGAACGUGCCAUUCGCUUUGUGGUCAUGGUAACUCCUGAAGAUCUGAAAGCCAAUGCAGAAUACAUUAAGAUGGCAGACCACUAUGUCCCUGUACCUGGAGGAGCGAACAACAAUAACUAUGCCAAUGUGGAGUUGAUACUUGAUAUUGCCAAGCGCAUUCCUGUCCAGGCUGUGUGGGCUGGAUGGGGUCAUGCCUCUGAAAAUCCAAAACUACCUGAGUUACUGCAGAAGAAUGGCAUUGCCUUCAUGGGUCCACCCAGUCAAGCAAUGUGGGCACUAGGAGAUAAAAUUGCUUCUUCCAUUGUGGCUCAGACAGCUGGAAUUCCUACACUGCCAUGGAGUGGCUCAGGUCUGACAGUGGACUGGUCUGAGAAUGAUCAAAAGAAGAAUAUCAUCAAUGUACCCCCUGAACUGUAUGAGAAGGGAUGCAUCAGAGAUGUAGAAGAAGGUCUCCAGGCAGCAGAAAAUGUUGGGUACCCAGUUAUGGUAAAAGCAUCUGAAGGAGGAGGAGGGAAGGGCAUCCGCAAGGUGAACAGUGCUGAAGACUUUCCAAAUCUCUUCAGACAGGUUCAGACAGAAGUCCCCGGUUCUCCCAUAUUUGUCAUGAGACUUGCAAAACAUGCUCGCCAUCUUGAAGUUCAGAUCUUGGCAGACCAGUAUGGCAAUGCUAUUUCUUUGUUUGGACGUGACUGUUCUGUUCAGCGUCGACAUCAGAAGAUAAUAGAAGAGGCUCCAGCUACCAUUGCCACCCAUGCUAUAUUUGAGAACAUGGAGCAGUGUGCAGUCAAGCUUGCUAAGAUGGUAGGCUAUGUGAGUGCUGGCACAGUUGAGUACCUGUACAGUCAAGAUGGCAGCUUUUAUUUCCUAGAACUAAACCCUCGUCUGCAAGUGGAGCACCCAUGUACAGAGAUGGUUGCUGAUGUCAAUCUACCUUCAGCACAGUUACAGAUUGCCAUGGGGAUCCCACUUCACCGAAUCAAAGAUAUCAGAAUUCUGUAUGGAAUGCCACCCUGGGCUGAUACGCCGAUUGAUUUUGAUGGUCUUUCUACCACUCCAUCACCACGGGGUCAUGUAAUUGCUGCUCGUAUCACCAGUGAGAACCCUGAUGAGGGCUUCAAACCAAGCUCUGGAACGGUGCAGGAGCUAAACUUUCGCAGCAGCAAAAAUGUAUGGGGAUAUUUCAGCGUAGCAGCAGCAGGAGGCCUGCACGAGUUUGCAGAUUCUCAGUUUGGACAUUGCUUCUCUUGGGGGGAAAAUCGUGAGGAGGCUAUCUCAAACAUGGUGGUAGCUCUUAAAGAGCUUUCAAUUCGAGGGGACUUCAGAACGACAGUGGAAUAUUUAAUCAAAUUGUUGGAGACAGAGAGCUUUCAGCAUAACAAUAUCGACACAGGCUGGCUCGACCGCCUCAUCACAGAAAAAGUACAGGCAGAGAGGCCUGACACAAUGCUUGGUGUGGUAUGUGGAGCACUUCAUGUAGCUGAUGUGAGCUUUCGUAACAGUGUGUCUAAUUUCCUUCACUCUUUGGAAAGAGGUCAAGUUCUACCAGCUCAUACCCUCCUGAACACUGUUGAUGUAGAGUUAAUCUAUGAAGUAACCAAGUAUGUCCUACAGGUGACUCGACAGUCCUUAAACUCAUAUGUUGUCAUUAUGAACAACUCUUGUGUUGAGGUAGACGUGCACCGCCUGAGUGACGGGGGUUUGCUCCUCUCUUAUGAUGGCAGUAGUUACACCACCUACAUGAAAGAGGAGGUGGACAGGUAUCGCAUCACAAUUGGCAACAAGACCUGUGUUUUUGAAAAAGAGAAUGACCCCUCUCUGCUGCGUUCACCAUCAGCUGGAAAGCUUAUUCAGUAUACUGUGGAAGAUGGAGGGCAUAUCUUUGCUGGACAGUGUUAUGCUGAGAUUGAGGUGAUGAAGAUGGUGAUGACCCUAACUGCAGCGGAGUCAGGCUGUAUUCACUAUGUGAAGCGAGCAGGAGCUGUCUUGGAGCCAGGCUGUGUGAUUGCAAGACUGCAGCUUGAUGACCCUAGUAGGGUCCAGCAGGCAGAACUGUUUACUGGCCAUCUGCCCCAGAUCCAGUCAAUGGCUUUACGAGGAGAGAAACUACAUCGCAUUUUUCACAGUGUUCUGGAUCAUCUGGUCAAUGUGAUGAAUGGUUACUGCCUCCCUGAGCCAUUCUUCAGCUCCAAGGUGAAAGCCUGGGUAGAGCGACUCAUGAAGACACUGAGAGACCCAUCUCUACCUCUGCUUGAGCUGCAGGACAUCAUGACGAGUGUGUCUGGACGAAUUCCCCCAGCAGUAGAGAAGGCCAUCAAGAAAGUGAUGGCUCAGUAUGCUAGCAACAUUACUUCUGUUCUAUGUCAGUUCCCUAGCCAACAGAUUGCUAACAUAUUGGACAGUCAUGCAGCCACUUUGAAUCGUAAAUCAGAGCGGGAAGUUUUCUUCAUGAACACACAGAGUAUUGUGCAGCUUAUACAGAAGUAUCGUAGUGGGAUUCGAGGUCAUAUGAAGGCAGUAGUUAUGGAUUUACUCAGACAGUAUUUGAAGGUUGAGAUUCAAUUCCAGCAUGGCCACUAUGACAAGUGUGUGUUCACCCUGAGGGAAGAAAACAAAGGGGAUAUGUCCAGUGUCUUGAACUACAUCUUCUCCCAUGCUCAGGUUACCAAGAAGAACUUGCUGGUUACCAUGCUGAUUGACCAACUGUGCGGCCGUGACCCCACAUUAACUGAUGAACUCAUGGCUAUCCUUACUGAACUGACACAACUAAGCAAGACGACCAAUGCCAAGGUGGCCCUGCGUGCGCGGCAGAUCCUGAUAGCGUCACACCUACCAUCAUAUGAGCUGCGUCACAAUCAGGUGGAAUCAAUUUUUCUUUCUGCUAUUGACAUGUAUGGGCACCAGUUCUGCAUCGAGAACUUACAGAAACUCAUCCUGUCAGAGACAUCUAUUUUUGAUGUGCUUCCCAACUUCUUCUAUCAUAGUAACCAGGUGGUGAGGAUGGCAGCACUUGAGGUAUAUGUACGCAGAGCUUAUAUUGCCUAUGAACUGAACAGUGUACAGCACCGGCAACUAAAAGAUGGCACCUGUGUGGUAGAAUUCCAGUUUAUGUUGCCAAGCUCUCAUCCAAACAGGGGCAACAUCCCCACUCUUAACAGAAUGUCAUUUUCUUCAAAUCUGAAUCACUAUGGUAUGACUCAUGUGGCCAGUGUAAGCGAUGUGCUGCUGGAUACCUCCUUUACCCCACCUUGCCAGCGCAUGGGAGCAAUGGUAUCAUUUCGAUCUUUUGAAGACUUUGUCAGAAACAUUGAUGAUGUUAUGAGCUGCUUCUCGGAUUCGCCACCCCCAAGCCCCACAUUUCCAGAUCCAGGACACUCUGCUUUAUACAGUGAGGAGGAUACCAAGAGCACCCAAGAGGAGCCCAUUCACAUCCUGAACGUGGCCAUCAAGACAGACAGUGAUAUUGAAGAUGAUGCGCUAGCAGCCAUGUUUAAAGAGUUUACCAAGUCUAAGAGGUCUGUCUUGUUUGACCAUGGAAUUCGCAGACUGACUUUCUUAGUGGCACAAAAGGAUUUCAGAAAGCAGGUCAGCUAUGAGGUGGAUCAAAGAUUCCAUAGGGAAUUUCCAAAAUUUUUCACUUUCCGUGUAAGAGACAAGUUUGAAGAAGAUCGUAUUUACCGACACCUUGAACCUGCUCUGGCCUUCCAGCUGGAGUUGAACCGGAUGCGCAACUUUGACUUGACUGCCAUUCCCUGUGCCAAUCACAAGAUGCACCUUUACUUGGGUGCUGCAAAGGUGGAAGUGGGCACAGAGGUUACUGACUACCGCUUCUUUGUGCGAGCGAUCAUCCGACACUCUGAUCUUGUCACAAAGGAGGCCUCAUUUGAAUAUUUACAGAAUGAAGGUGAGCGUCUGCUUCUAGAAGCCAUGGAUGAGCUCGAAGUGGCAUUCAACAAUACCAAUGUCCGUACUGACUGCAACCACAUCUUCCUUAAUUUUGUUCCAACUGUCAUUAUGGAUCCUUCCAAGAUUGAGGAGUCAGUGAGGUCUAUGGUAAUGAGAUAUGGAAGUCGUCUUUGGAAGCUUCGAGUGCUACAGGCUGAGCUGAAAAUCAACAUCCGCCUUACCCCAACUGGUAAAGCCAUCCCUAUCCGUCUAUUCCUGACUAACGAGUCAGGAUACUAUCUAGAUAUCAGCCUUUACAAGGAGGUGACCGAUUCUCGCUCUGCACAGAUUAUGUUUCAUGCAUAUGGAGACAAGCAGGGGCCACUUCACGGCAUGCUUAUCAACACCCCUUAUGUCACCAAAGACCUUCUGCAAUCCAAACGCUUCCAAGCUCAGUCUCUGGGGACCACCUACGUGUAUGACUUUCCAGAAAUGUUUCGGCAGUCAUUGCUUAAGCUGUGGGAGUGUGUAAAUGCAUAUGCCCAUAUUCCCAAGUGCCCUCUGCCUUCUGAUCUUCUGAACUACACCGAGCUUGUGCUGGAUCCACAAGGGCAGCUAGUGCAGUUGAACAGAUUACCUGGAGGAAAUGAGAUUGGUAUGGUUGCCUGGAGGAUGACUCUUAAGACACCAGAGUACCCUGCGGGUCGUGACAUCAUUGCCAUCAGCAAUGAUAUCACGCACAAGAUUGGCUCCUUUGGCCCACAGGAAGACCUCCUGUUCCAGCAGGCAUCUGAGAUGGCCCGGACUUCAGGGAUUCCCCGCAUCUACAUUGCAGCCAAUAGUGGGGCACGCAUUGGUCUGGCUGAAGAGAUCCGUCACAUGUUCCAUGUAGCCUGGCAGGAUCCCGCAGACCUGUACAAGGGUUUUAAGUACCUCUACCUAACGCCCCAAGAUUAUAAGAAGGUGUCUGCACUAAAUUCUGUCCAUUGUGAGCAUGUGGAAGAUGAGGGCGAGUCAAGGUACAAGAUUACUGACAUCAUUGGAAAAGAAGAUGGUUUGGGGGUGGAAAACCUGCGAGGAUCAGGAAUGAUUGCAGGAGAGUCCUCACUGGCAUACGAAGAGAUAAUCACUAUGAACCUGGUUACGUGCCGUGCCAUUGGUAUUGGUGCUUACCUUGUGAGGCUUGGGCAGAGAAUUAUCCAGGUGGAGAAUUCCCACAUUAUACUGACUGGAGCAGGGGCAUUGAACAAAGUUUUGGGACGAGAAGUCUACACAUCCAACAACCAGCUAGGUGGAAUUCAGAUAAUGCACAAUAAUGGAGUGACUCACAGCACAGUGUGUGAUGACUUUGAGGGCGUUUUUACACUACUUCUGUGGCUCUCAUACAUGCCUAAGUGUACCUCUAGUCCAGUUCCAAUCUUGACACCAAAAGACCCCAUUGAGAGAUCAGUGGACUUUGUCCCUACCAAGGCUCCUUAUGACCCUCGCUGGAUGCUGGCAGGACGGCCGAGUCAAAAUCAGAAAGGCCAGUGGAUAAGCGGCUUCUUUGACCAUGGCUCAUUUUUGGAAAUCAUGCAACCAUGGGCACAGACGGUGAUUGUGGGCAGAGCCAGGCUUGGUGGAAUACCUACUGGAGUGGUUGCUGUAGAAACGAGGUCAGUGGAACUGUCGAUCCCAGCGGACCCAGCAAACCUGGACUCUGAGGCAAAGAUCAUCCAGCAGGCCGGCCAGGUGUGGUUUCCAGAUUCAGCCUUCAAGACUGCUCAAGCCAUCAAAGAUUUCAAUCGGGAAGGUCUGCCCCUCAUGGUUUUUGCCAACUGGAGAGGAUUUUCUGGAGGAAUGAAAGACAUGUAUGAUCAGAUCCUGAAGUUUGGUGCAUACAUUGUGGAUGGUCUGCGAGAGUAUAGACAACCUGUUCUGGUCUACAUUCCACCACAAGCUGAGCUGAGAGGAGGAUCCUGGGUGGUGAUUGACCCAACCAUCAAUCCCCGGCACAUGGAGAUGUAUGCUGAUAAGGACAGCAGGGGUGGAGUUCUGGAACCAGAGGGAACUGUGGAGAUUAAAUUUCGCAAGAAGGACCUAGUGAAGACAAUGAGACGUAUAGACACGGUGUACAUCCAGCUGGCGGAGCGCCUUGGUACCCCGGAGCUGACAGUGCAGGAGCGGAAGGAACUGGAGGCCAAACUUAAAGAACGGGAAGAGUUUUUGCUGCCAAUUUACCAUCAGGUAGCUGUGCAGUUUGCUGACCUUCAUGACACACCAGGCCGCAUGCAGGACAAGGGGGUCAUUACGGACAUCCUCGAAUGGAGAAGCUCCCGUUCUUUCUUCUAUUGGCGAUUGCGCAGACUUCUGCUGGAAGACACUGUGAAAGGAAAGAUCCACACGGCCAACACGGAGCUGACCGAUGGGCAGAUUCAAGCUAUGCUGCGCCGCUGGUUUGUGGAAGCGGAAGGUGCUGUAAAGGCCUACCUAUGGGAUAACAACAAGGAAGUUGUGCAGUGGCUGGAGAGGCAGCUGGCAGAGGAUGAAGGAGCACGCUCAGUAAUCGACGAGAACAUCAAGUACAUCCGCCGUGACUACCUCCUCAAGCAGAUCCGCAGCUUGGUUCAAGCCAAUCCUGAAGUUGCAAUGGACUCAAUUGUUCACAUGACACAGCACAUCUCCUCUACUCAAAGGGCUGAAAUUGUUCGGAUACUGUCCACCAUGGAUGCUCCAUCUUCCACGUAGACUUGAGGACUACUACUUGCACUGACUUGUCUGUUACUAAAAUUAUGUUUCCCUUUUAACACAGCCUGCUUUUUCCCCUUUUGUGUAAACCAUAGAAAAUGAUUUCUAUGUAGAACUGAGCAGGCCCAAGGUGUUGAAUAACUGUAGAAUUUUUAUGGGAGAGAAGCCCUCUCAUGCAACUUGCAUAUGGCUGCCUUUUAAACUGUAGGAGCUAAGCCCUUAAACACUCGAUGGACAUCAGUGAAUUCCUGAACUGCAUUAUGUGAUCAGUACGUGUGGGCCAUGAAGCUUCACUGUUUAGAGAGAAUUCCAUCCUUGUGAUUGGACUUCUGUCCUCAUUGGCAUAGGAAGUGCCACUUCAACAAAGGCAGGCUGUCAUUUUACUUUAGCACUCUAGGCCAAAAGUACCCCAAAACUCACAAGAUCUUGUCAAACAAAAGAAGGAAAAUGCUGGUUCCUAUGUAUGGUUCCCACCUGGACAUCUGCUUCAAGCAGAAAAAAAAAGACAAGACUGUUAACAAUUGCUAGGAAGGUAACAGUUACAUAAUUGACUAAUUAGAAGAAUUUGGCUAAAACUAAGCAUGGGGGUGUGCUGUAGCCAUCCAGUCUACACUUGCAGAGGCUAGGAUUGGCACAAUGAGCAGAAAUGAUGGUGUGUGACCUAACAGGCAUUGGUCAUCUGAGUACUGCCCAGUAGAGUGGUAACAGGGAGCUGUGACCAGCCCCCAAACACGCUGCAGCUGUCAUUUUAAAGAUAAAAAAUCAAAGGGCAGUGUUAUUGGAGCAUAUUAUGAGAUGAGCCCCAGGAUUCCCAUUCACUAUGGUCAUAUACUGUAUGUUUUAUCAUAUUUUAUUUAAAAAUAUUUAAGAAAGGCUUCUAAAGCAUUUUUACUUCUUGUAUACUGCAUUGCCAUUUUUUAAUUUUAAAAUGAUAUUUUGGUAAAGCCAUAAUAGAGCCUUGGGGUUCAGACAAACUGUCUUGCCAUCCAUCCAUUUUCUAAACCAGCAGGGCCAUAGGAACACUGGAGCCCAUCCCAGCAAGCCUCGACUGCCUUUAAAAGACAGAAGACAUCUCUCCUCUAAACAUUAUUUUGUCUUCUACCAUUUUCUCUCAUAAAAGUGGAUUGCACUCCAAGUAGUAUAAAUAAAAUGAAACAACCUACAAGGAAGAGUUAGUAUCUCUGGUAAAGAGACUUCCAGGGCCUGAUCAGGAGAGAAGGAAGAGGUAAGCUAAGUAAAAUAACUCCCCCUUCAUUUAGGCCAGUAUGCUACUGUAGAAUUUCAGUUCUCUGAAGUGUAUAAAACAUUCCUACCUUGUGAAGUGGGGAAUAAUAAAAAGGAAGAAUCAGGCUGCAACCCCUCUUACAAGGUUAUCAAAGGUUUGAAUAGAACAGCAAAAAUCAUAUCAUAAUAAACAUUUUAAAAACAUCAAAUCAGCCUAAUUAGUGUAAUAGAAAAGUAUUCUUUCUUUCUCUGCUGCUGAGUACCAAGCAAGCCCAAGGACGAUAGGAAUAAAAAGGUUUAAGGGUUUUUAUGACAAAUGAAUUUCACAGUAUGAUUCCGCAGUUCUUUUAAAGAAUGUAAUCAAACUACGGAAGAUGACCUGACAUUAAAGGUAAUACAAAGUUGCAUUGCACUUGGUCAGGUUUACAGCUGCACACGUUUCCAAAUCCAGUGUUCUAGUCACAGAUGAUGUACUGCUCUCUCCACGUUUGCAAAAAGAAAGUUCAAAUCAGUUUAGCAUCAUAUAUCCAGGAAACAACAGAAAAGUGCAUUGUUACAAUACAAAAUGCGAGUUUAAUUAAGAUUAGUUCUUCCAAAAAACAUACAGAAGUUGUUGAUAACAAGGUAAGACCAAACCCUAUGAAACAGGCCCACCUUCCUGCCUGGAACUUCUUGGUGUCCUACUUUAAAUGGGUGGUGGAAUCAAAGUUGAAUGGGACAAUAACUGACAAUGUAGCAUAGCACUGGGGCAAUGAGAGGGCCAUUUCAAAAACCAAGAAAGGAAUGGUGUGACAGGUCAUAAAAUAAUAAGCUCUUUACGUGUAACGGUUAGACAAGUUGAGAUGCCAUGCCUUAUGGCACUUCCACUAUAGCAGAAAUCAGGGCAACAGCAUCUGCCUCCCUGCAUUUACAAUAGGAUGCAUGCCUGUUGAUAAUGCCUGAUGUUUUUUGUGGAAAGGUAAAACAAAUGUGAGAAAUGCUGCCUUGUGCAAAAACAAAAUCCAAUGUGCACUAGUGGUCCUUGGCGCUGGGGCUUAUGGAUGAAAGCGCCAACUGUAUUAGAGGAGUAAUGGAAUGCUCGGUAUAAUGAGCUGUUGUCUGUAAUUUAACUUGUCAUGACCAGACAAUAAUGUGUCAAUAAACAAUGUAGUUAUAAAAAUGG